AUGGACGAUUUAAGGGGUAAGGAGCUGCUUCAUGACUUGAGGGUUGGAAGUUCAUUUUCUAUAUCUACUAAAAUUCAAUGGAAUAAAUGGGAGCCUCCACCUAUGAAUGUGAUGAAACUUAAUGUGGAUGGAGCUUCUAAAGGAUGCAAUGGUUUGUCUGGAGGUGCUGCUGUUGCCUUUUAUGGAUUGGGGUCAAAUAUAAAGGCUGAAUGCAGAGCCUUGUUGGAUGGAUUGAAUAUGACAGCUGUAUCUUGGAGACUGCAAGGGGAGAUGGAGCAGAUCAGGGUGUUACUGACUGAGACUUAUUCUGAAUUUUCUACUCACAGCAGUCUGCCUUUGUCUGGUAGACUGCUUUUGCAUCAGGAUCAGUCUGGACUACCUAAGGCAAGGAGGAGGAAAGUUGUGGAUUCUAUUGCAUCAAGUUCCAGGGAGCAGGCCUCCAAAACUGAUUUUUGGGCAUUUUGCCCUAAAUCGAUUCAGUCCAGAGUUCCAGACCUCUUUGCCCUAAAUCGAUCCAUCCAGACCACCAGUCACCAUCGGCUAAGCACAACUCCACGAGCGACUGAGCAGCAACUCCACCAGGCACCACCGGCGACGAGUGUGAUAUGGAGAUUGGAAGAGGUGGCGAAGAUCGUGAAUUUCAAAGUGAAGAAAAACGACUCUGACGUGAGACUUCAGGGGCAAGAGAAUGGAAGAAAAGGGAAGUUGGGCAUCGCUGCCGAUAUUUUCACCGUGACACCAGCGUUCCUGGUGGUGGAGGUGAACAAGUCCUCCGACGAUACUCUGGAGUACAACCAGUUCUGCAGCAAGAAGCUUCGGUCGACUCUGGAGGACAUCGUCUAG